CUGCCGCUUCCUGCCCACAGGCUCGCCGGCCCCGGGGGAGAGCCUGCUGGCUCUGCCGGCCUCAGAGGCGCAAUCGCCGCGACCCCGCCCUCCGGGCGCCGGCCCAGCGCCGCGGCCAUGCCCAGCUCGGAGCUGUGGGCGGUGGAUCUCUUCGGGAGGGUGUUCACGCUGUCCACGGCCGGGCGGCACUGGGAGCUGUGCAGGGACGCCCAGCUGGAGUUCAAGCGGGUCAGUGCGGCCGCGCCGUGCUGCUGGGGCAUCGCCUGCGACAACCAGGUGUACGUGCACGUGGGCGCCAGCGACGUCCCCAUCCGCUGCCGGGAGGAGGCCUAUGAGAAUCAGCGCUGGAACCCCGUGGGCGGCUUCUGUGAGACGCUCCUGCCGAGUGACCGCUGGCCGUGGAGUGACGUGAGUGGGCUCCAGCACCGGCCGCUGGAUGGGGUGGCGCUGCCCUCGCCGCAUUGGGAGUGGGAGUCGGACUGGUACGUGGAUGAGAAUUUUGGAGGGGAACCCACAGAGAAAGGGGGGUGGACAUAUGCCAUUGACUUCCCCGCCACGUACACGAGGGACAAGAAGUGGAACUCCUGUGUGCGGCGCCGGCGGUGGACCCGGUACAGGAGAUACAAGUCCCGGGACACCUGGGCCAAGAUCCCGUCGGAGGAUGACCCCCAGCGGUUGCCUGACCCCUUCAGCGACAUCUCUGUGGGGGGUUGGGAGAUCACAGAUGAGCCCGUGGGCCGCCUGUCCGUGUGGGCCGUGUCUCUGCAGGGGAAGGUGUGGUACAGAGAGGACGUCAGCCAUCCCAACCCCGAAGGCUCGUCGUGGUCCCUGGUGGACACCCCGGGGGAGGCGGUUCAGAUCAGCUGUGGGCCCCACGACCUGCUGUGGGUGUCGCUCUGGGAGGGACAGGCCUUGGUCCGGGAAGGAAUCAACAGGAACAAUCCCAAAGGAAGUUCGUGGUCUGUGGUGGAGCCUCCCACGUCUGAAAACGGGAUCCUGCACGUCUCCGCAGGAGUCGGUGUCGUCUGGGCCGUCACCAAGGACCGUAAGGUUUGGUUCCGAAGAGGCGUCAACUCUCACAACCCCUGCGGCACGAGCUGGAUCGAGAUGGUUGGAGAAAUGAUGAUGGUGAACGUGGGGCUAAACGACCAGGUCUGGGGCAUCGGCUGGGCGGACCGGGCCUUGUACUUCCGUCACGGCGUCACCCAGAGCGAGCUCAGCGGGAAGACGUGGAAGGCCAUCGUCGCCGGCCGGGAGUGUGACGGCUCACGCUCGGGCAGCUUGUCCAGCCUCCUCAGCGCCGGCUGCUUCUUUGGCGACGAGGUGAGGGGUGGUGGUGAGUCCCGUGUGCCAAGCGACUCGGAAGCCAAGAGACCGGGGCCUGACCCUGAGCAUGAUGUGGAGGUCGCCAGCCCUGCCUCCGCCCCGGCCUCCGCCCUGGCCGAGCUGCCCUGGACCAACAUCGACCUGAAGGAGCCCAAGAAAGGGCCCAGCCACGCGGCCGCUGACUUUCCCGAGGCCACCAACCUCUCCUCACUGCCACUUCUCCCGCUGGGCCUGGAGGAGCCCGACAGCGCCAACUGCCACGCGCUGUGGGCCUGGGUGUCCGGAGGAGGCUGUGCUGUGGAGGCCCACACCACACUCAAAUGGUUCACCGUCCACUCGGGCCUGUCCGCCUCCAUGCAGAUGCUCUCGCUGUCCAUCACGCCGGCCCAGACCGCCGCCUGGCGGAAGCAGAUCUUCCAGCAGCUCACAGAAAGGACCAAGCGGGAGCUGGAGAACUUCCGACACUACGAGCAGGCCGUGGAGCAGUCGGUGUGGGUGAAGACGGGGGCCCUGCAGUGGUGGUGCGACUGGAAACCCCACAAGUGGGUGGAUGUCCGUGUGGCCCUGGAACAGUUCACGGGCCACGAUGGGGUUCGGGACAGCAUCCUUUUCAUCUACUACGUGGUCCAUGAGGAGAAGAAGUACAUCCACGUGUUCCUCAACGAGGUGACGGCGCUGGUCCCCGUGCUCAGUGAGGCCAAGCACUCCUUCGCCGUGUACACCCCCGAGAGGACACGGCAGAGGUGGCCUGUGCGCCUGGCCGCUGCCACCGAGCAGGACAUGAGCGACUGGCUCGCCCUGCUCGACCUGUCCUGCUGCGAGAGCCGCAGGGUGCACGGCCGCCCCUCCCCGCAGGCCAUCUGGUCCGUCACCUGCAAGGGGGACAUCUUCGUGAGCGAGCCCAGCCCAGACCUCGAGGCCCCCGAGCACUGGCUGCCCUGUGACCAGAUGUUCUGGCGGCAAAUGGGAGGCCACCUGCGGGUGGUGGAGGCCAACAGCCGGGGCGUGGUGUGGGGCAUCGGCUACGACCACACGGCCUGGGUGUACACGGGUGGCUACGGCGGAGGCUGCUUCCAAGGCCUGGCCAGCAGUACCAGCAACAUCUACACGCAGUCGGACGUAAAGUGUGUCUACAUCUACGAGAACCAGCGCUGGAACCCCGUCACGGGCUACACCAGCAGGGGUCUGCCUACCGACCGGUACAUGUGGAGUGACGCCACGGGCCUGCAGGAGUGCACCAAGGCCAGCACAAAGCCCCCGUCCCUGCAGUGGGCCUGGGUUUCUGACUGGUUCGUGGAUUUCAGCGUCCCUGGGGGCACGGACCAGGAGGGGUGGCAGUACGCCAGCGACUUCCCUGCCUUGUACCACGGGCACAAAACUAUGAAGGAUUUCGUCAGGAGAAGGUGCUGGACCAGAAAGUGCAAGCUAGUGACCAGCGGGCCCUGGCUGGAGGUGGCCCCCAUCGCCCUGGGGGACGUGUCCAUCAUUCCGGAGAGCCCGGGUGCCCACGGGAGCGGGCCCGGCAUCGCGCUCUGGGCCGUCAGUGACAAGGGGGACGUGUUGUGCCGUCUGGGCGUGUCCGAGCUCAACCCCGCGGGCUCCUCCUGGCUGCAUGUGGGCACCGACCAGCCCUUCGCCUCCGUCUCCGUCGGGGGCUGCUACCAGGUGUGGGCCGUGGCCAGGGACGGUUCCGCCUUCUACCGUGGCUCCGUGUCCCCGUCCAAGCCGGCUGGCGACUGCUGGUACCUCAUCCCAUCUCCUCCCAAACAGAGAUUGAAACAGGUGUCCGUGGGGCACACAGCGGUGUUCGCCUUGGACGAAAACGGGAACCUGUGGUACCGCCAGGGGGUCACACCCAGCUACCCGCAGGGCACCAGCUGGGAACACGUGUCCAACAACGUGCGCCACGUGUCCGUGGGGCCCCUGGACCAGGUCUGGGUCAUCGCCAACAAAGUCCAGGGCAGCCACAGCCUGAGCCGGGGAACUGUGUGUCGCCGCACGGGUGUGCAGCCCCUGGAGCCCAAGGGGCAGGGCUGGGACUAUGGCAUCGGGGGGGGCUGGGAUCACCUGUCCGUCCGGGCCAGUGCCACCAGGGCCCCCAGGAGCUCGUCCCAGGAGACAGCCGGCAAGUGGAGAAGGGAGCAGGGCCUCCCCAGUGGGCCCUCGGAGGUGGCCGGUGCCCCACAGGAGACCCCCAAUCCCGUCUGCUGCUGAGGCCGCUUCCCCUCACCUGGAGCAGGUGUGAUGCUGGGUUUGAAGGACCAAGGUUGAUGCAAGCCUUCCUGUCGGGAGCUGUUCUCGUGCUGAACGUGCUGAAACGUGGAUCCCAGGAGUGGUAUCUCCAGGCCCAGACUCGAGACUGGGGAGGGAACCUGGCCUGAGAUCAUGGCCACCUUGGAGGCACUGAAACAACCCAGAAAUGUGAAGCUCUGUGGACGCUGUGUGUCCCCGGCUGCGAGGAGAACGUGGGGUGUGAGGUGCAGACCCCUUCGCCCCAGCCUCUCCUGCGCGUCCCUUCCCUCUCUGCCUCCUCCCUUUCCAGGACGGGAGCCUGGAGGCUUCCAGGAGCACUGCCCCUGGGGAAGAGAGCCCACGAAGGACCCCUGAGCCCCGGGCAUCCCCAGACGGCGUCAGCCCUGCCCCCUAAAGAAAACUGGCUGUGGGGCUCAGUGUGGCUUCACCUGGACCUGAUCAGUUCUCUGAGCAGGAUUCGCGAAUGGGGUUUCCUUUCAAAAGUUAAGGAAGGAGUUGGAAGGUUGGAAAUAAGUGCUGGGGAGGGGCGUCUUCUUCCCCGGGUGGGCCGGGCCCUCCUGGGGUGGUCGGAGGACGGAGGGGCCGCCCGUGGCUGCGAGAAGCUGUCCAAGUACAGAGUCACCGUCGUCGGUCCUCAGCCAGCCCUUCCUCUGACGGGGCUGGGGACUGGGGGCUCCUUUUACAUCGGAUCAUGUCGCAGGGGGUGGGGAGGGUGGAGACCAGCCGAGAGGGGCCUGGAGGCCUCAGCCUGGAGCAGAGCCCUAGGGAGGCACCCCCCAAGCAGCCCCACUCCCAGCGGGCAGCUUCUCAGCUGCUUUUUUUUUUUUUUAAUCAGAAAAAGGCCCCAUUUGGUUAAGUCUCAAGUUUGCUUCCCACAGCCAGACGCGUUGCCGGGGGUCAUCAGAGCGCGUGUCCCGUCUCUGCUCACUGACCGCCAGCUUCCCCGGCGUUCCCGUCAGGAGGGCUCGGCUGUGCGCUGUUUUGUGGUGCAGUGUUUGCCGCCCAGAAGCUGACUCUAAGGAGGUCUCCCUUGGGCCCCCUCCUGAGGGGCACUGGAGGGGCCGCAGGCCUCUGCCUCAUCUCCUGGAGGUGGGACCGGGAGGCGUGAGUCUGGGGGCAGUGCCCAGGCAAAGCAAGCGAAGGGCCGGGUGGGCGGCGCCCUCCUGUCUGUUUACACUCGUGGUUGUCAGGUUUCUCCGCGCGGGCAUUACUGUUUCUUCUGUGGCAGCGCCCUGUCGAUCUACUGUGACUCGCUGGUUUCUCCCUGCCCUCUCUCCAGGGCGACCGUGUCCCCUCCUUGCGGAGCGCCGACUGCUGACCUGCUCAGCAUCACCGAACCAUCUCGAGUCCUCGGAUGCUUUAUUCAAUAAAAACUUAGGCCAGACUGUCAAGGACGCGCUAUUUUUAUUGCUGCAC